CACAAACUCUCAACCUACAGCAGGACCACCCAAAUACACAGCAAUCAUGCCUUACCCAGAGACCGCAACGGGCUUCGUGAUCAAGGAUCAAAAGAAGUGGCAGGAGUUUCACAAGGAGGAGUUCAAGCUCAAGCCUUUCGAAGACCGCGACAUUGACAUUGCCAUUGAGUGCUGUGGAGUUUGCGGCUCCGACGUCCACACCAUCAACGGCGGCUGGGGCGAGUCCCCACUCCCAAUUUGCGUCGGCCACGAAGUCGUCGGCAAGGCCAUCAAGGUCGGAAAAGAUGUCAAGACGAUCAAGGUUGGAGACCGUGUCGGUGUCGGUGCACAAAUCCAGGCCGAUUUGACUUGUGGCAACUGCAAGGCGGAUCAGGAGAACUACUGCCCCAACAUGGUCGACACAUACGGAGCUCCAUACUCUGACGGCACGAUCUCCCAGGGAGGAUACUCUUCGCACAUGCGUGCUCACGAGUACUUCACUUUCAAGAUUCCAGACAACAUCGAGAGCGAGAUCGCAGCUCCCAUGCUGUGCGCCGGUCUGACCGUCUACUCGCCACUGGUCCGCCUGGGUGCAGGUCCCGGCAAGAAGGUCGCCAUCGUUGGCAUGGGCGGUCUAGGCCACUUCGCCGUCCUUUGGGCUGUCGCUCUCGGCGCUGAGGUCUACGUUCUGUCUCACAGCCCCGGAAAGCGAGAGGAUGCCCUCAAGAUGGGCGCUAAGGAGUUCAUCGUGACCGGCGAGAAGGACUGGUUCAAGCCUUACGCUUAUACCUUUGACUUCAUCCUCAACUGCGCCGAUGCCACGCACAAGUUCAACCUCAAGGACUACUUUGGCACCAUGAAGGUCAUGGGCCGCUUCCACAACGUCGGUCUCGGGACUUCGCCGGCAACGGAUGCUACAUCGGCGCUUCUCACAUCGG